AUGUCGCCAGCCUUUCAAGGACUUUCGAGCAGACCAUCGCUCGACAGCCGGGACACGUGGACGCCAGAUCAGGUGUCAGAAGCGUCAGACAUUGAUGACAGAAGUCGCUUAAAACCAAUAUCAAGGGACAGCGCCACAGAUGUCCGCAGCAACAGUACAACGGCGAUACCUUCGGAUGAAAGCAGCACAGGAGAGUUGGACGAUGAAAAUGGAAUAUCGGAUGAGAAUGGGAAGAGGCGGAAGAGCAUUCAAGUCGUAGUUGAGGAUACAGGGAAAAAAAGCAAGUACACUGUCACGACGGAUGACCCAGACUUUCGCGAAGUGCUACGAUCAGGCAUGCGACGAGAAGCAGAAAGGCGCAGCGAGGGCAAGUCUAAGAGCAAACCUCGAGAGCUCGUCUUUACGCGCCAAUUUACAACGUUCGAUCGUCAAAAUCCAAUGUCACAAUCACCAUUCCACGGCUUCUUCACGUUGUUCUGGAUAUCCAUGGCUUUAUUGCUUGCACGCAUUGCCGCAGGCAACUACAGAACAACAGGCUCAGUUUUCGGUAAUGCUGAAAUCUUACACUUGAUGGUAGAUCGGGAUCUGUUUGUAAUGCUCACUACGGACGCAUCGAUGUGUGCUGCAACGAGCUUUGGUUUCUUCCUCCACAAGGCUAUCGCGAACGACUUUUUGACAUGGAACGGGUCCGGCUGGAUCAUACAGUCCUUGUGGCAAACCUUUUAUACUGUCACCGUCAUCUGGGUCACAUUUUGGCGAGACUGGCCAUGGACGCACACAGUGUUCAUCGUGCUGCAUGUGUUUGUCUUGCUGAUGAAGCAGCAUGCAUACACGUUCUACAACGGCUAUCUAUCUCGCGUAUAUCGGCGCCGCAAUCUCUUACAACAAAAGCUCAACCAACUAGAGGACGUGGGCGUGCAACAUGACUCUUCAUCAAAACCGCCAGGUGCAGGAACUUCAAUCAGCACGGGUCUCGAAAACCCUGGCUCUCGCGAACUAACGAACCGCCGCAACCUAGGCCCGAAGUACUCCACCAAUCUGUCAACAGAGGUUUCAGAUAUCGCGUCCGUUGGUAAAGCGAUUGAGGCUGGCCAGUCCUUGGACGAAGAGCAGGUCAAAACCUUUCGAGAAAUUCUGAACACCGAGAUUACCAUACUGGACGAGGAAUUGCGUGGCAAAUGCACCAGUACCGACAACAUGUACCCCAACAACCUCACUUUGUACAACUUUGUCGAGUGGACCUGUCUUCCGACUCUAGUCUACGAUCUCGAAUACCCACGUCAAGAGCGCGUCAACUGGUGGUAUGUCGCCGAGAAAUCAGCCGCCACCCUCGGGGUCAUUUGGGUCAUGAUCAUUAUUUCACAGGCGUACAUAUACCCCGUAGUCGUAGAGGCAGUCCGCCUCAGGGACGCUGGUAUGACACUAGAAGAGCGCUGGAAAGAGUUCCCUUGGGUCGUGAGCGACAUGCUUUUCCCAUUGCUCCUGGAGCAGCUCUUGUCCUGGUACGUUAUCUGGGAAUGUCUUCUCAACGUUCUCGCAGAGGUCACGCGCUUCGCCGACCGCGGCUUCUACGGAGAUUGGUGGAACAGUGUCAGCUUUGAUCAAUACGCUCGGAAUUGGAAUCGCGUUGUACACAACUUCCUGCUGCGACACGUCUACCAUUCGUCGAUCUCAUUCUUCCACUUGUCAAAGAUGCAAGCGACUUUCUUCACGUUUUUGUUGAGCGCGAUUGUUCAUGAGGUUUUGAUGUUCUGCUUGUUCAAGAAGGUUCGGGGAUACCUAUUUACAUUCCAGCUCACGCAGCUACCGCUUGCGGCGUUCAUGAAAACGAAGAUGAUGCGAGGGCAAGACACGUUGGGCAACAUCAUCUUCUGGUUUGGAUUGUUUAUCGGGCCCAGUCUUAUCACCAGCCUUUAUAUACUGCAGUGA